AUGAAAAGCUUUAGUGCCUCAUAUAUAGCAAUGGUGGUAGUUCAAAUUGCAUAUGGUGGAUCAAAUAUUAUCAUGAAACUAGCCCUUCAGAAAGGACUUAAUCCGAUUGUUUUUGUGGUUUAUCGCCACUUAAUAGCUAUUCUUGUUUUAAGCCCUUUUGCAUAUAUUUUUGAAAGGAAAUCACGACCAUCUCUGUCAUUUCGUAUGGCAAUGAAGAUAUUCUUGCUUUCAUCCAUGGGGACGACAGUCCAUCUAAAUCUCUACUACAUUGGUCUUGAAUAUACCUCCCCAACGGUAGCAAGCGCCUUGAGUAAUGUCAUUCCCAGUCUGACCACUCUCAUAGCUAAUUGUUCUUGGGUAUAG